AUGGAGAAAAAAACAUCUAUAGACCAAUAUAUUGCUGUGAGUGAUCCUCUACUGUAUUCCAUGAAAGUGACCAUUAAAAGGGUGAUAAUCUGUAUUUCCGUUAUAUGGUUAUAUUCUCUUAUUUAUUCAGUGGCUAUUUUAUUCAAUCAUAUGUUUUACCCAGAGACACAUUAUGCAUGUUACGGAGAGUGUCUGUUUGUCUUGAACUUCAGUUGGGCUAUUGUUGACCUUAUCCUUUCAUUAAUUUCCCCCUGUUCAGUUGUAAUAUCUUUAUAUUUGAGAAUAUACUGUGUAGCAAAAUAUCAGGCCCAGGUAAUUAACUCCAUAACAACUGGGGUCUCUGUAGGGGAGAAAGGUUUAACCCUACUGAAGUCUGAAAGAAAAGCAGCAAAAACAUUAGGUAUUGUCGUUUUUGUUUAUCUACUUUGUUGGAUACCAUAUUACAUAAAUGGUCUUUCUCUGGGCAGUGUCACAUCUGAAUCGCUUGUCAUGACAUUUCUACUGUGGUUGAUGUACGUGAAUUCAUGUUUGAAUCCACUUAUUUAUGCAUUAUUUUAUCCCUGGUUCAAAAUAUCAACCAAACACUAA